AUAUUUUUAGAGCUGGUAACUUCCAUCAGUUGUGUCAUCUUAUGUAUUUUACGUCAUUCACAAGUAUUGGAAUCUCAAGUAUGUAACUUUUGCAAUUUAUCAUACAAUUUAUGAAUAAACAUUCCUUUUUGAAAUGAAAUGGAGGGACCGAAUACUAAAGAGUCCCUCAGCUGCGCAGGGUGCUUGAACGACAUUGGGGAUGAUGAUUAUGUCUCCGCACUCAACCAGGACUGGCAUAAAGACUGUUUUCGUUGUUCAGUAUGCGACGCUCAGCUGUCGACGUGGUACUUCGAGAAAGCAGGCCUGCUGUUCUGUCAGAGCGACUACUGGGCGCGCUACGGAGAGACCUGCCAGCAAUGUGCACAGGUGAUAACGGGCCCGGUGAUGUCGGCGGGCGAGCACCGGUUCCACCCGGAGUGCUUCGCGUGCGUGGCCUGCGCGGCACACAUUGAGGACGGGGAGCCCUAUGCGUUGCUGGACCGCUCCAACCUGUAUUGCGGCAACUGCUACAGCAACUCCUCGCGUCCCGUGUCCCACUCCAUCCGCGUGGUGGAGGUGCCGCCCGCCGUGUUGCGCGUCACGCACACCCCGCCCGCCACCAUCACUGUUAAAGUUAAACUAAACACGUGUGUUUGUAGCGGCAACUGCUACAGCAACUCCUCGCGUCCCGUGUCCCACUCCAUCCGCGUGGUGGAGGUGCCGCCCGCCGUGUUGCGCGUCACGCACACCCCGCCCGCCACCAUCACUGUUAAAGACGGGCGCUGCGGUGGCAAGCUGUCGGCGGCGGCGCGAGCCAUGCUCCGCGCGCUGCUGUCCGUCUGCAUACAGCUCACCUGCCAUAGAAUUGAUUCAUCAUGUGGCGUGUUAACGCUACAUAUCGGAGACAGGAUCCUGGAGAUAAAUGGAACUCCUGUGAGGAACCGGCCACUCGAUGAUAUUGAACGCGCUCUUGCGAGGACAGAUGCUGUCAUACAGCUAACAAUAGAACACACACCAGACACAAACACGAAACGCACACAAGCAAACACACAGACACACGCACACACACAAACAGACGACGUAAAAGCCACGCAAGACAAGCCAGUGGAAUGCAAGGCUGUCACCAAAGAAGACAAGACUCCUUCUGACAAGGAAGGGAAGAAAGAGAGACUAUUUAAGAGGAAGGGAGGGGAGGAUGCUGGGCGGUGGGUCAAUAAGAGAAGACAGACCCCCUCGUCACCCCUUUUGGGGGAUAAGGAGAAGAGUAGCAGUAUGUCUAAAUUGUUGGAUGCCGUGGAUGGAUCAGAACAAAGCGGCGUACUAUGUGACUUGAGUAGAGCGCGGUCUUUCCGCGCGGAACCUGCGCCCGGACAGAAGGUGUUCCGUGCCUGCGAUCUGCUGCAGGGCGAGCUCCUAGGCUCAGGUUUCUUCGGCGAGGUAUACAAGGUGACGCACCGCGACACCAACGAGGUGAUGGUGCUCAAACAGCUGUACCGCGUCGAUGAGGACGCGCAGAGGAACUUCCUCAAAGAGGUGGCAGUGCUACGUUCACUAAACCACCCAAACGUGUUGCGAUUCGUGGGCGUACUGUACAAGGACAAGCGGCUGCAUCUCGUCACCGAGUAUGUGGCCGGGGGCACACUGUACCAACUACUACAGGACAGCCGAGUAUCACUCAGCUGGCGUGACCGAGCUCGAUUAGCGCGUGACGUGGCGGCGGGGCUGGGGUAUCUACAUCGCAUGAACGUCAUACACCGCGACUUGAACUCGCAUAACUGUCUCGUUAGAGAGGACAAGACAGUGAUAGUAGCAGACUUCGGUCUGGCGCGCAUCGUGCAGCGCACCGCCAGCAGCUCGCUCGACAGGAGGCAGCAUCACACGCUGCGGAGGAAGAGAUAUACCGUGGUAGGCAACCCAUACUGGAUGGCUCCGGAGAUGAUGAACGGUAACGUGUAUGACGAGAAAGUCGAUGUAUUCUCCUUCGGUAUUAUACUGUGUGAGAUAAUAGGCCGCGUGUCAGCCGACCCAGACUUCCUCCCCCGGCGGACAGACUUCGGUCUGAACGAGCCGCUGUUCGUGGACAAGUUCUGUCGCGCCAACAGCUGUCCCGAGCCCUUCUACCGCAUCGCCUUCCUCGCUUGUGAUCUAGAUCCUGAUGCUAGGCCACCAUUCGAGGUGCUAGAGAUCUGGCUGGAGAGCAUGGUGAUGCACCUGUCGCAGGCCGCCCCCCUCCCCCGCACCCUGCUGGCCGACGUCAUGCAGUACUCCCGGGGAGAUACCAGGACCGAUAAGAACUGCUGUCAGCUCAGUAAUGACAGUAGCUACUCUCGACUCAGCAAGGCAGACAGCGAACUGAGCGUUCCAGACACAGGGGUACUCAAGUCGAACUCUAUCGCGACGCUGUCGGUGGACGAGCGCGGCUGGCGGCUCGGCAAGUGUGUGUCCGCCACUCACAUCAGCACCCCCCGCGUCCGCCCCGCAGCACUCUCCCGCAGCAGCCACGCGCUACACGCGCCCGGGUACAUCCUGCACGCCGCCGGGAACAAGAUCAACAUUACUAAGGUGGACGACAUUACAAAAUGGCUGGACCCUCCGCCUCUCAAGCGUACCUCCCCCGACACACACCUCAACAAGUUACAAGAACAAACCAAGACCAGGAAGGUGGAGUCUCCCGAAGAAUACGACUCCGCACUCCCCGCCUUCCUCAGGAACCAGUCCGUCGAGGGUCUGGAGUCGCAGUACAAACACGAGGUAGACCCACCUCUUCCCUUCUGUAGACACAUUAGCAUCCCCAAUAGCAGACAGAUACCUGAUGACGCCGACUCGGAAACGUCAGACGAUGAUGAUGAUGACGACGAAGCCAUCUCCACGUGGCACAGAAACAUCAAAAUCUUCGACAAAAUGGAAGUCGAUCCCAAGAAUGUUAUUGCGUCUAUUGUGAAGAAAGGCGAGAAUUUGCUUUCAAAGAAAUCGAGCUAUGAUGUUACCGAUGUAGUGUUGAGAAACCCUGAGUGUUUGACUACUGAACGAAAGAUUCCUGAAGUAGACUGCAGACGGUUUAAUAUUGACUAUUUAACGAAGAGUCCGUUAAUGGCUGAAGGGGUCAAAAAUAUAUCUAAGGCUGUUGAGAAAGAGAAAUCACAAGAAAAGUCGGAAUCAAGGUUCUUUCCGAAGACGCUACUGUCUCCAAAACUGAGCAGAUUGUUCAAACCGAACACCGCCGAAGUGGUCCGAAACAAAGAUGUAGAAGAUAAAGAUAAAUCUAGAAGUAAGUUCUUCGUACAAAGACCAGCGUCACCCAGCAACAUCGGGCGCUCCCACAGGGUUAGACCAUCGGAGUCAGACAAACCAGUUCUGAACAACGACGUCCUAAAGUCAGACAUAAAACUCGCCAGCAUGGGUAAACCAAUGACGCCGAUAUUCCGACGGCAUUUAGCCGAGAAGCCCGACUUCGCGGACGGGAGGUUCAGCUACCGAGACCGCAGGGCCAAGUACGAGCCGAAAGCCGAAGAUACGAAGUUCGUAGACGUAGGACGUUAUAGGAUUAAGACUCCUCUCUCUAGUAUAGAUCAGACUCCGAAACUGACGCCAUUGAAUCGGAGUACACAGUUGAACAACGUGCCCGCUUUAGCGACAGUGCCUGAGAAAAAGCUCGUAGAUAAGAAGAAAUGUGACGAUAAGCCCGCUGUGCCCAAACGGCCCGUUGCGGGUAUUUCGCGCAGUAACUACGUGAGUCUGGCUAAUCUGAAGAUUAACGGGAAAGCGAAGGAAAUUGAUGAUAAGUGCAGACAGGGCGCGAAUGAGGACUCUCCUGUUGAACGGGUUAUUUAAAUUGCUUGGUUUUAUAUGCUGACUUGUACUUUAAACUUGAAUUACAUACAGCAAGUUUUUCAUCAAAAGUAAAAGCCAAAAUAAUGCCAUAAAGUAAAAGUAACGGUCAAAUUAGAUUUUUCACGAUUUUAACUACAUAUUAGUUUUGCUAUUAAAAAUGAAUUUGACCGUUUAUACUUUAUGACAUGAGAAUGUCAUAAAGUAUAAACUGUUGAUGAAGAAACUGGCUGAUAAUCUUAACAUUGCUUAAUUUCAACAGAAUAAUAUUGAUGUAUCUUUAACGAGAUAUUUUUGUACGGUUAAAAAGACAUUACAAAUAUUUAAAAGUACAGUCGAGCGCAUAAAACCAGCAACUAAAUGAAGUCUUGCCACGUUACUGUAGUUAUACAAUUGUUGAUUCGUUGUACUUACGAAUGCUAUGUAUUAAGGACUUUGUAAUCGCUUGGGGGCGUGUCUCAUUCAUCGGCUAAUGUGAGGAAUUACCGGUCAGAGCUUGAAAAUAUAAUUUGCUUAUUUUUUUAACUGUAGAAAGACAGAUUUUGGACUGCUUUUUUUUUGUCUACAUUUUUUUAUUACGCUGCAUUGGUUGUCCCGAGACUUUAUAGAUGAAUGUUUUGAAAUAUUGAAUGGUUUAAAAAUAGAUAAUUAGUACUCGCAUAUUGUCGCGAUUCAGUCGGCGGUGCCUUCCGAUAAGACUGGUGUAAUUAGGACAUUUUGUUUUGGCAAUGUAAGCAUUCUAAUAUUGUGACAAAAACUGAAUUUCCGCUUAGAUUUGUAUUUACAAAAAGAUUUUAUAGGAUUCACAAUAGAAUUAUAUUUAUUUCGAUUUAAUUACGGUUAAAACAUAUUAUUUUAAUUAUGUUGGAAAGUACUUAACAAUUGGUACCCGAAUCUAUGCAUUUCAUUUUCCAAAAUGUUUAUUUUCUUUGUAAUUCUAAUAAUUUUGUUUGUACAAUAUUAUAUUGUUUACAUUGGCCAAAAUAUCGCUAGAAUACAUUUUGUAUUACAUUUGAUACCCAUUCCAAUAUGAUAUCUACAAUAUCUGUAUAUCCAUGCUUUUUUUAUAUUCCAUAACUUAUAUUAAUACUCCUUGAUAUGAAUUUCAUUAUAAUUUUAAGAAAAUUAUGAAAAAUAUAAUAUUAUUUCAGCGUUUUGAAGCUUUCGAAUUGUCAAUUAAUGAAAACAUUUGAAGUUGGCAAAAUGGCGCUAUAAUUUAAUAAAUAUAGUAUUUAAUGUAUAAUACAUACUACCGAUUAAAAAGGUAUUGUAUAUUUAAUUAAAUUUAGAAAAUGGAUCACCUUCUAUCUCUGGAUAUGGUGACCAAUGAUGACGAAAUAUUCGUCAAAGAUUUUUAUGUCGACAAUUGAAACUAUUGUCGAUUAUCUAUUUGGAACUAUGAUUUAAUAUCAUAAAAAAUAAUUUCUGCUUGUAUACUAUUAUAAUAUUAUACUAUUUGUAAUAUUCUUCGUGUCCCUUUAAAAUUGGGUGAUUUUUGUUAAACAAAACGUUUGAUAAUAUUGUAAAAAAUAACAUUUGCAGUUACAUUAGAAAACUAUUGUUAUGAAUUGGAUCAGUAUUCGCUUACACGUUCAGAGUCAAAAUGCACUCUAGCUUUGAGUCUUUAAGAUUCAAAUUGCAACGCAGUUAGCUUCACGCAGUUGUUAUAGUGUCUUAAGCAGAUAUACGGAAAUAUACACACGUUGUUUUCUAUGUAGUUAUAUUUGUACCGUUUUUAUAUUGUAGACGAAAUGUUUCAUUAUUUAAAAUAAUAUUCAUUAGAGAAUUUAUGACGAAAAAAAAACUUAAAAAUAAAGAAACAUGACGAAUUUUUCGUCACGAAUUCUCUUAAACCUUAUAAAUAGUAUUAAAAUAUUAUUCGCAAUAGUAAGGAGUCCCAUUAAAUUCUGUCAAGCCAGUCCAGACAAAAGAGCGUUAUAAAUCAACUGAAAACAAAUAUAUUAAAGGAAGAAUCUUAUUGUAUUAAUAUACAUGUUACAAAGAUCUGAACGCAAAUCUGUGCCAUUUAUAUGCCAAUUUAUUGUCGAUGAAGUUUCGCUCAGUAUAAUGAUGUAGUUACAAGAAUUUUUACAUUAGAGUUUCACGAUGAAAAAUUUGAUUAUUUGUAUCAGAGUAUUUUACUAUAAACUGGACUACCGGUCACUAUCUUUGUCUAUCUGAGACUAUAUUUCAUUAAUAGUUUUUCUUUCAAUAUCAUAUUGUAGAUGCCUUGUCCUCUCUAGUUAUAUUUGAGCGACAUCUUCAUCGACUAUCGUUUACCUAAGAAUUCCACAUGUCCGUGACAAAACCACGACAUUAGAUCUAAGUUUACUUGGACAAUACUUUAACUGUAUUAAUUUAUUAACACUCUAGUUAUAAUCGCGUAGUUUUAAGUUUAUUUCUUAGUUUUUGUUUUCGUAAAGUCUGAUAUGUACUUUGUGACACAGGGUGCCAUUUUUUAUAAGUGAUGCGAACGAAAUAGUGUUGUGGUUGGAACUUAUCGAUAUCAUUUUUUUGCAACCUUUUUAAUUCGAGCUAUUAAAAUCUAGUUUCAUGAAAACUUGUUGCAGCAAUGCAGUAUAUAAAAUCAGAAAUUCUUUUUACACAAAUUCAAUAUUCUUAGGUUAUAAGGCAAUAAUAUUGUCGCUAGUUUCAAUCACAGCAUUGUUAUAAAUUAACAUAAAACAGGACAAAUUCAAUCUCGAUAUUAAUUAUAAUUCGUUUAACGUCCGACGCUAGGUCGCGCUCAUUGUUUACUUUAUCUGUGAUACGUUAUGUUUGUAAACGCCGCAAUAACAAGUAUUAUAUUAGGUGUCUUUUAGUUAUAAUCUCGACAUUUUUUUAUUAUUUUUAUUUUAUAGUUAAGUAAUAAUUGAACGCCAUUGUCUUGCCAUGAAGGAUUUUAUCGAAGUUCCCGACAAAAAGUUUUAAUCUUUUGUCGUGCUGGCAAGCUUGGCGUUCGAAAUAUAAAGAUAUUAUAACACAUUAACAGUGGUAACAUCGAGUAUUCCGUCUCCUGCAUUCCAAGCGGUUUUGUAUUUUAUUUCUUAUUUUGUAUCUGUUUCUAAGUACAAAUGAAUAAAGGAAUAUAUUCAG